AUGGAGGUGGGCCCGUGUCCGGGCUGCGGCGCCGAGGACGUGGCCCGCGACAACGUAACUGGCGUUAUCGCGUGCACCGCCUGCGGCCUCGUCCUCGACGAGGAGCACUUCGCGCCCGAGGGCGCUGCAGGGGAGGGCGCGGGCUGCGCGCGUGGCGGCAUCGUUGUGCGCGGAGAGGGGCCGUCGCAGUACUCGAACAAGGCGGCGUGGCGUCGGCGGCCGCGGGGCGCCUCCGCGCAGGACCGCGCCCAGAGGGCCCUGUGGAGGCUGUCCAACACCCUGCAGCUGCCCCCCGGCGCGUCUCAGGCUGCCAUCGCCUACCACUGCGAACACGUGGAGAAGCAGCCGUCCGCCAACACCUGGGUGCACGCCGCCGCGUGCUGCUACCUCGCCGCCGCGCAGGACAGCCUCCCCGUCACCCUCGCAGACGCUGCGGACGCCGCGCGCACGGGCAAGCGCAAGUUCGCGCGCGUGUGCCGCAGGGUGGCGGCGGCGCUGGACAUCCAGUCUCCGUACCGCGACCCGGCAGUGCACCUCGCGCGCGUGGUGCGCGAGCUCACGUCCGCGAGCGGCCCGCAGCAGCGCGCCCAGGUCCGUCCCGUCGUCGAGUGGCUCAUGGCCUUCGCGACGCACCACGCGAUGCUCGCGACGGGCCGCAGCCCACUCGCGGUGGCCGCGGCGUGCGGGACGGUGGCGUGCCGCUCCCUCAACAUCCCCGCGACGCCCGCGGACGCCGCCGCCGCGAUGCCCGUCGCGGCGAGCACCGUCGCGGUCCGAGAGCGGGAGAUCCUCGAGUGCCUGCUGGAGGCGGCGCAGGUGCUGCCGUGGGGACGCGACCUCACGGUGAGCACGGUGCUCGACGACCUGCCGGCGAUCAUGGCCGCCGUGGACGCCGGCGCGGGUCCGGGCGGCGACAGCAGCGACGGGGAGGGGGCGGGGGAUGCGGGGCUGCCGCCAGCGGUGCGGCGCGAGCGGCGCGCGCAGCGGGAUGCGGCGAGCGCUGUGCAGGACGCGACGGAGGGGCUGGAGGGCGGGCGGCGGGCGGGGAAGCGGCGGGCGCGCGGCGCGCUGCUUGCUGCGCGGCUGGAGCUGGACGGCGAGGGGCAGGAGGACAUCGUGGCGGCGGUGGCGCGCGGCGGGCGCGGGGAGCUCGCGGCCACGUUCGGCGGGCGCGGAGCGCGGACGCGGCGCGCCAGGGGCCGCAGGGACGACGAGCCAGGCUGA